CACCUGCUGUAAACAAAAUCUUCGCAACGGACCAAGAAAAUCGAGGAGUAUGAACUGGGAAAAUAAAUUUUCCUCCAUACUUCGUGAAACAGAGUCAAAUCUCUCAAAGGCUAAGAGAAAACUCUAUACGCCAAAACAUGGUUACCCAGAUUUAACCAGCAGAGGCUUCAGCAGUUCUCUUCCAAUGAGGCGUGCUUCCUCACUGUUAGACAUGUCAGGAUAUAUGCCUGUGAUGACAAGUACCCCACAGCUGGCUGCCCCUCCCCAAACAUCUAUCACCUCAUCUCAACUUGUCAGCUCCUUACAAGAAAAGAUGGAGCAACAGAACAGGCUUAUUGAUCAGCUGAUGCAGAUGGUCAACAAACUGGAAACUGACAGAAACAAUUACAGUGAACAGAUGAGAGAUGUUAGAGAUCAGUUAUAUCACCUGAGAACCCACAGUCCAAAACCUGACAGAGGUAUAGAUGUUGAGAACAAAAUUGACCAACUACGAAGAGACUUACAAAGCGAGAUUAACAGCCUACACAUCCAGCUACAGAGAAACUCAGUGGACCACACAAUACAGAGGGACAUCAGGGAUUUGAAAAACAAUGUCCAGGACGACCUUGACCUGAUGAGGAGAGACAUAGACAUACUGAAGUCUAGGAUUGGUAAAGUAGAAAAUGAAUUGUCAUCUGUUGUGAAAAGCAGAAGGGGUGUGUCCCAAUAUGAGAAGGUACAGAAUCACCAGUCUUCCCUAACUUCAACUGCAGACACCUGGAGUAGAGUCAGGGAUCAGUAUCAGAUACAGGACCUCAGGUCUACUGUGUCGUCAUUGAAAAACAAGGUGGAUAAUUUGGAGUACUCUGUAGGGAGUGGAUCAGUGACACCGAAACAGAAAUACACAUCCAACAGCGGGGUACACACUCCUCUAUACAUCAACGCAAAGUCCUCCACCCUCUAUGAUAAUGGUUAUAAAUCAGAACAAUCUGUGAAUAGUGUAAUGGACUUGGAUGACCUUGACCUUUCUGAUGAUGAUGAAAGCACUGAUUUUGAAAUGUUUAAUCCUCAGAAAGCCCAGAUCAGCUCUACCUUAGUUGACUCAGAUGAAGACAUUAACCUUUCUGACCUUGACCUUAGUGAUGACGACCCCUUGGUUUUAUAAUAUUUUACAUGUAGAUAUUUCUCUUGCCUAAUUCAUUUACAUAUGUACCAUGUACUCCUUCUCUGUGACAUAUUUCAAUUAUUUGUAAUGCAAUUUUUUUUUUCAUAUUAUUAAAAAUACAUGUGGUAAA